UGCCCAGAAAAAUAUCAUGGAAGGUAACUAUUUAUACACAUGAUCUAAACUGGAGGAAACUAUUAUCGAACAGAUUUCAUCGUAGCCACUUCAUUUUACGAAGACAAGAGAUCAUCUGAAAUGGACUGAAGAAUGUGAAAGAGUGAGUUUACUGGAGACAAUGUAAGGAGUUUGGGUAAUUUCAAAUUUUUAAUCAAACAUAGGUCACAUUAUUUGGCAAGGUUAACUUUGAAGCCACAGAGAAAUUAUAUUUCUCCUCUUCUUACUCCCAUUUUACUUCAUCUUCCUCUCUUUUACUUUAUGAAAUUAAUAUUUAAAAUGUGUUGUUUUUCAAAUGGUUGGGGAUGACAGUUGAAUCCAACUGAUAUCCAUUUGUAAAGAGAGUUAUAAAAGCUUGUACAUUGCUGAUGUUGAGAACAACAUGGUGGUUUUCAUAUACAUCUGUACAUACUUGUAGCCAGAAGGUAAAUAGUAUGCACACAUUUCAUAACUCACCAGUUUUUUCUAACAUCUAGAUUUGCAAAAGUGCAAAUUCAUUUUUCAAUUUUUAAACAAAUAUUGUCAUUGGUUUAUUGAUCAGUUCUUGGAGUAAGAAGCAGGGUUGGUUCCAGCAGUUCAGCUUUUUGCAGCUUGGCAAAUAUUUAAAUGAAAGAAUUCCUACUCCUUUUAUUUAUUAUGCCUUGCUUUCUAUGACCAACAUUCAAGUUUGAAAGAUAUAUGUUUCAAAAUUAUAAAGUCAUCUAACAGGAAUUUAAAGCCCAAUUCCAUACCGUCUUACAAGACAGAAAAGCUCAUUCUCAAUAAAAGAAACUUCUGAUUAGACAUGUAUAUAAAACCACAAUUGAAAUACUGAAAUAGAGCCAUGAUGAAAUCUGAAGUUAAAAGUAUUUAUCUGCUCCACAAAUACUGGAGUGUAGAUAAAAUAGAAACUGAAAUUGAGAUAUAUUAAUAUAAACACAUGCCUCUUCUUUCAGUAUAUCCUGCCAUAGAAAAUUGAAACUAGUUAAGACAGACCAAAUAAAUGGAUGUUAUACUUACAUUGGCAAAAUAUGAAUAAUCUAUGGCAUUAUAUUUUAUUAACAUUUAAUCAACAUGAAUGUUUGAAAAAUUAAUUUUCCAUAUCCACAAAAACUCUUCCUCCUCUUUUUCCUACCUUUGAUAUUAAUCACAUUAAUAUAUAAAUAACAUAUGUUUAAAUGCUAUGCCUAUCAAUAACUAGUAAAUCAUAUCUACUAUUUUCAAUAUUGCAGAUAUACAGUUUAAAACCUAUUUAAAAAAUAUCAACCCUUCAGAUAUUUAUUUUCAAGUGAAUAAUUAUAUGGUUUUUGCAUGUUUCUAGCCAGAGAAUGAAAAAUGUCUCUAUGUUCUUUGACCCACAAGCUCUGUUAAGUAGCCAAUCCUGCUAGAGUAUCAAUGAUUUCAAAUUUCCCCCCAGUAUUUUAAAUAAUUGUUAAGGAGUUAAAGUUUGUCCAGCUCUAAUUUCUGUACAUAUCAGCCACCCAAGACUAGAUACUAUCUCUACAUAUCAGAUCCUGAAACAGGAACUUAGAUUUCAAUCUGUUACAUUAUAAUAAUUUAGACUUACACACACACACACGAGGAAAACAUUGAAAUGCAGAUAGAGAAGAAACUAAAAUGUAUGCAGGCAGUCCCCAAGUUAUGAACAAGUGAGGUUCUGUAGGUUUCUUCUUAAGUUGAAGUUGCAUAUAAGUUGGAACAGGUACAUUUUAAGUGUAACCCCAGCCAAACACUACACAGACACACACAGACACAGACACACACAGGCAUACUUUGGAUAGCAUAGGGAAAGGUAACACUCCUGUGUGUUUUGCUGCCUGUGCUCCUUUUCCAAAGAUUUUACCUCACUUUCUGUCCCUGUGAUAACUGGAUUUUGAAAAAUUUGAGUUGUUGUGAAAACAAAGAUUGGUGAUAAAGCUUCAGUUGAGACACCUUUUCCCAUGAUAACUCUUCCAGGAGUGAAUUUCCCUUCCUAGGAAUAGAUUUCUCUCACUUCCUGUUGUCUCACCCUUGUUCUAAACUAUGAGUCAUUUGUAAGUCAGAUGUUUGUAACUUGGGAAAUGCCUGUAUAUCUGUUUACCCCAUUACGGUCUGAUGAUAAUUUGAUUUUUUUACAUGUCUCAUUAAUGACAUUUCUACGUAUGUGUUCUUGCCAGGCACUACAUGAAAAGUAGCAACAAUGACAACAUUGCAAACUCUGCACAUGAAGAAACUGAUGGUUGGGCCAGUAGAUGCAUAGAUAUGAAAUGUCAUACUUGGACAAAGAUUUCAAAUAACUUGGUUUCAGUUAUGUGUUAGAUACCACUGUGAUUUCUUUUAUCAUUACCUCAUACACCGCCUUGCUCACACAGAUUGAAGAAAUGUUAAAUCACUCUUCCAUGGAAAAUCAAAUGGUGAUGACUGAAUUUAUUCUUUUUGGACUUUCCAGUGAUCCACAAGUGCUAUUGUUUUUCUUUUUUCUGUUUCUAGUAAUAUAUGCUGCCACAUUGUUGGCAAAUGCUGUAAUUAUAAUGGUAAUAAAUGGAGAGCCUACCCUUCAAACCCCCAUGUUUUUCUUUCUCAAAAUAUUAGCCUUGAUUGACAUUUGCUACUCAUCCGUCACUGUUCCAAAGAUGCUGGAAAAUUUUGUAUCGAAGGAGAAAUCAAUUUCUGUGGUGGGAUGUUAUGCACAGAUCUUCUUCUUUAUCCAUUUUGCUUGUGAUGAAAUUUUUCUCCUCACUGCCAUGUCAUAUGAUCGCUAUGUUGCUAUCUGUGACCCACUUCAUUAUUCAACAAUUAUGAACAAACAGAUGUGUCAACUGCUAGUGGUUGGAACCUUUGUAAUGGGAUUAUUGGAUGGUGCAGUCAACACAGUGCCUUUAAUGAAUGUGACCUUCUGUGGAGUAAAUACAAUUUGCCAUUACACAUGUGACCUUCCUGCAGUUUUGAGUUUGUCUUGCAGUGGAACCUUCAUCAAUUUUACAGUGAUUUCUGUCUCUGUUUUUCCUUUUGGUUUUAUGCCUUUCCUCUUAACUCUUGUCUUUUACAUUAGAAUAAUUUCAACCAUCUUAAAAAUACCUUCCACAAAAGGAAAGAGCAAAGCCUUCUCCACUUGCAGCUCCCACUUCAUUGUGAUAGGUCUGUUUUAUUUUUCUGCUUUUGUUCGAUACUUGAAGCCAAGUUCGAAGUCUCUGUCAGACCUGGAAAAAGUGGCCUCUAUCCAAUACCUUAUUUUAACUCCUCUGUUAAAUCCUCUAAUAUACAGUCUUAAAAACAGUAAAAUGAAAAAUUGUAUUUGGAAAAAGUUUGUAAAAUGUAUGUAAAACUACACUACCUAUAUUCAUGUAUUGAAAUAAAUGAUAGUCCCCUGAGAAAUAUAUUAAUAAAUUGUAGUA